CUAUGUAUGAAAAGAAACAGGAAACUCCUCCGAUCUGAUCUGUUCGACUCUUUAACAGCAGUGGAAGAAUCGGAGGCAGAGGCUGGCAGUUAAUGACUUCAUUUCACUCACUUUUUAAUCAACGAUGGCCGUAAAGGCACUCGAUUGAUUAUCGACGCCGUCACUUUUAUACUUUUAACUUUAGAAACUCCGGAAAUUUAAAAAACUCCAGUUUAAAGCGGCGGUGCGCGUGUGUGAAAGAGUUGGGCGUGAGUCGUCGGGUGGCUCCACAUUUCACCCGCCUGUGUAUGAUAAUUCUUUACUUUUUGACACUUCGACUUCUUAAAUCAUUUAGAAGCCUUUUAAACUUCGAAAAGAUGGGGUGCACCCUGAGCUCGGACGACAAGAGCGCCCAGGAGAGAAGUAAAAUGAUUGACAGAAACCUGCGGGAUGAUGGAGAGAAAGCGUCGCGAGAGGUCAAGCUGCUGCUGCUGGGCGCUGGUGAAUCCGGGAAAAGCACAAUUGUCAAACAAAUGAAAAUCAUCCAUGAAGCGGGGUACUCAGAGGAAGAGUGCAAACAAUACAGAGUCGUGGUUUACAGCAACACAAUCCAGUCCAUCAUUGCCAUCAUAAGAGCCAUGGGCCGCCUGAGGAUUGACUUUGCGGAUCCCGAACGAGCUGAUGACGCAAGACAGCUGUUUGUGAUGGCCGGCUCCGUAGAUGAGGGUUUCAUGACGAGUGAGCUUGCCGGAGUAAUCAAGCGGCUCUGGAGGGAUGAAGGCGUACGGCUUUGUUUCCAUCGCUCCAGAGAGUACCAGCUCAAUGACUCUGCCUCAUACUACCUGAAUGAUCUGGACAGAAUAUCCAAUAGUUCAUAUGUCCCAACACAGCAAGAUGUUCUGAGGACCAGAGUGAAGACUACUGGUAUUGUGGAAACCCACUUCACAUUCAAGGAUCUUCACUUCAAGAUGUUUGACGUAGGUGGCCAAAGAUCUGAGAGGAAGAAAUGGAUUCACUGCUUUGAAGGAGUGACCUCCAUCAUCUUCUGCGUGUCCCUCAGUGAUUAUGACCUGGUCCUGGCUGAGGAUGAGGAGAUGAACCGAAUGCAUGAGAGCAUGAAGCUGUUUGACAGCAUCUGCAAUAACAAGUGGUUUACGGACACCUCCAUCAUCCUGUUUCUCAACAAGAAGGAUCUGUUUGAAGAGAAGAUCAGGAUGAGCCCGCUUAGUAUUUGUUUCCCAGAAUAUCCAGGAUCUGACGUAUAUGAAGAGGCGGCUGCUUACAUCCAGUGUCAGUUUGAGGACCUGAAUAAGAGGAAGGACACCAAAGAGAUUUACUCUCACUUCACCUGUGCCACUGACACCAAGAACGUGCAGUUCGUCUUUGAUGCUGUCACUGAUGUCAUCAUCAAAAACAACCUAAAGGACUGCGGCCUCUUCUAAAGCCAGCUCAUUGUGUUGACAGCGAGUGGCCUGAUGUUAAAUCUUUGGGAGAACCAAAACAGGAAGAAGGUCAACCAUGAACCUGAAUGUUGAAUGCAUUACUUAACUUCAUAUUUAUGUUCUCUGAACAUUUUAGAUUUUUUUAGGGUGUUUUAGGGAAGGAAAAAAAAGAGCAUUUUGUGUAAAAUAAUUGUACAACUGUAAUUGUUCCUGGAAUUUUUCACCAUUUUUAGACAUUGUCUUUAAAGGUCCUUUUUAAAGGCUAUUUUUCAUUCAAAGGGUUUCUGGGAACAAUUUUUUUUUCCAGUUUUUACUCCGAAUACUAAGGUCAUGUGCCUUCAGUUAAUGUUGCAGUGCUUUUCUUUGCCACUUCAACUGAGUUUAAUAAGAGACAGUUGAUAUUUAUCCACACAACUCUCAUCUGCUAAACUGUAGUAUAAAAAGCUUGAUAUUUUUAAGACCAAACAACUGUGAGUGACUGUUUAAAUGUAUAGUAGCUUAUUUCUGUCACAGGAUUAACUUACGUUUUUGGUUUUGACAUAUAAUCUUGGAAUAAAAGUAGCAAAAACAAAAUUAAAUAAAUAUUACACAGUGUUUCAAGAAGGUCUCAAAUCUGGGAUACAAAUUGCAAGCUAAAACUUUUCAUUCUGAGCUUGUCGCAUUUCUACAUAUAUUGCAAUCUUGUUUUUUUUAUGUGGCAGUACUUGGUUCAUCUUGAAUUCAGAUUUUUAGAAUUGUUAAUUUAAGUUUUUGGUAACUUUAUUUUGAUGGUACUAUUACACAUUUUGUUGACAGUUGCAGUGCAACUACAUUCCAAUUACUUCUAAUUUGAGUAUUAGUAGAGGGUCUGCUCCUUCAACAUAUUUAACUGCCUAAGAGACUUGGCAAGUACUUGUGAACAUACACUAACCAUAACCCCAACCUAACAGUCUACUUAUAAUCUUUUGAGAUUUAUUUGGCAUGUAGAUGCAAUGUAACUUAAAUUCAACAAAAUCCGUUAAAGAGACCAUCAAAUAAAAGUGAUACCAAUUUUUUUUUACAUUUUUGGAAAUUCUGCUUUAUCUAGUGAGCGAGUUUGGCGCAAUUUAUAUUUAUCUCUAAAUGGAAAUUCUGACUUUAAUAAUCCACGCUUUUCCCUGGUAUUUAAUAUUUUUAAGACAAUUUCUCACGAUUCUGCUUUACAUGAAGCUAGUGAGUUUGUUGCAAUUCAGAUUUUUUUGUCACAAUUCUGCAUUUAUGUGGCAAUGCUGAAUUUGUUACAUUUCUGACUUUAGUAUUGCAAGUCUGCCACCGUUUUAAGUUUUAACUUUUGUUGCAAUUCUGCUUUAAAGCUGUCAAAAUUCAGAUUUUGUCUUCAUAAUUGUCUUAAAUGGAACUUUGAGUUUAAAUCUUGAAAGUCUUUAAAAUCUACAUUUUGCUGCAGAUUUUACUUUUUGCUGUAAUUCUAACUAAAGCUCCACAGUGCGUGCGUGUGUGUAUAUAUGCUAAUUUUGCAGUUAUGUCCUUCAUUUUUGACUAGAAUUGUAAGUUUUCACAUUUGAGAUUGUUUAAAGUUCAUAAGUUGCUAAAUUUAACUCACAGUUUUUAAGUUUGUCGCAAUACAGAUUUUACAUAUUUAAAUGCUCUGUUUAGUUAAAUUUAUGAAGAAAAGCUACAAAUUGUAAUCCUGUGGCAGAAAUGGGCUUUCACACAGAACUAUGAAUUUAACAGGAAAAUCCAAACAUAUCAAAAGCUCUUUGCCUGUUCCUAAGAGUUUUUAAAGCUUGUGCUGAAUCUCGUACAGCCGUCAUUAGCAGCACAGCGUGUGUGUGUGUCAGAUUUGCCUGUGAUUGGAAUGAUGGAAAAACUGCGGUGAGCUUCAAAUUAGCUGUUGAAUUGGUUCCUGUGCACCUGCACAUCAUGAACUGUUUUAAUGGGGAACUCCUCAAAAGGUUAACAUUUCACAAUAAGAGACAUUUUUACUGAUCAAAGGGAACCAACCGUUGUCGAAUGGAUUUAAAGGGACCAAAGAAUAGGACUUUUUUUUUGUUGUUUUAGGUUCAUACUUGGUUACAUAAUUUAAUCUAGACAACCUGUAUAAUAGAAAAUCCUAUAGAAACCUUCAGUAGGAAUGCAGACCAUUUUUCUGAUAAUAGCCUGAUCAAUUCAAAUGGUUUUAAACUUCCCUUUAAUGUAGGUUCUUAUUGGAUGGGAAGAAAUGUUGACUAAUAUUCAUUAUUUUGCUAAUAAAAAUGCUGUUGCAAGAACAGCAUGCUAAAAAAA